UACAGUCUCGAUCAGUUGUUAAAUUAUAAAAAAAAGAUAAAUAUCAAGUUAUUCACUUUAAAUAAUCUGGAUUUAUAUAUAGAGUAGGAAGUUUUGAUUUAUAAAUUGUCCCACCUACUAUAAAAAAAGAUCAUGGAUACCCAUGGACUUGGAAAAAAAGCUGAAACUAACCGUUUCACCGAAUAUGACAAUCGGGUAAAUAUCCAUGACAAUGGACAGGAACUCAUAGUCACAGAAGGGUACAUUCAACUUGAAUUAUUAUCACAAGAAUCUCCGUAUUCAUACGCAAAGGAAUCAGAUGUGAGUAACGGAACUGUUUCAAGUUAUGUCGAUGGUCGUGUAGGAGUUUUAAAUAGUCAUGAUAGCAAUAAAACAGUAGACCAAGAUGCCAAUAAUGAUUAUAACCAUACCUCUACGGAAACUGUGGCCAGUAAUAAGCGUGCAGAAAACCAUACAUGUACGAAAACUGUGGAUCAGAAUGCGCGUGCAGAAAACAAUACAAGUACGGGAACUGUGACCAGAAAUAAACGUGCAGAAAACUAUAACAGAACGGGAACAGUGGAUAGAAAUGCGCUUGCAGAAAAGCAUACCAGAUCGGGAACUGUGGACCGUAAUGCGCUUGCAGAAAAGCAUACCAGAUCGGGAACUGUGGACCGUAAUGCGCAUGCAGAAAACAAAACCAGAGCGGGAACUGUGGACCGUAAUGCGCAUGCAGAAAACAAAACCAGAACGGGAACUGUGGACCGUAAUGCGCAUGCAGAAAACAAAACAAGAACGGGAACUGUGGACCGUAAUGCGCACGCAGAAAGCCGUAUCAGAUUAAAAACAGUAGACCGUGAUGUACCAGAAAGAUAUAAAGUUAAACGUGAUAGAGAUGUGCGGACUGAAGAACGUUCAGCCAGUUGCCUAGUUCCUAUAGUUUCUUAUCAUUCACAAAGUGGAAGUCAACAAGUGCGCCUAGGACAAGAUCAAUUAAAUCUUAGUGAUUCAACCAGAAGUUCAAGCACAACAUACGAUCAGAUUUCAGAUUCAAACGUAAAUACACAUGUACAAAAUUCACGACAUAGUACUAGCACAAAGAAGAAUGAUAUAUGCUCGCCAAGAAGAUGUAUUAUUGCAACGAUCUUUGUACUUAUAAUUCUGAUAGCUGCAGGCGUUAUUAUUUAUUUUGUGUUUGUCAAAGAUAAAUCAUCUAACCCUUGUGAAAGGUUACCCGAAGUAAAACAUGGAGUGUUUAAGAGUCAUGCAUCAGGUCAAGCAGAUGUGACCUGUGAGCUGGGGUUUGUACUGAACGGCAGCAGUACUAUAACUUGCCAAAAUGAGGUCUGGAGCAAACCCCCAUCUUGCCAGCCGAUAAUAUGUGGAGCGUUUCCGCAGAUAGAUAAUGGCGUCGUAAAUGGUUCUGGAAAAUCGUUCGGGUUUAAAGCAAAUGUCAUCUGCGAUCCCGGUUUUUACGUGGUUGAUAUCUUAAAAACGGUAGAAUGUUUAGCAUAUGGAAAUUGGACCUCUGCAUCUGAAUGUCGCGAACAUCCUUGUGGAAACUACACACUGUUAGACGACAUGGUGACCAAUGACAAGUUGAUGUAUACAACCACGACGUUAUGCUUGCAAUGUAAAGCUGGUUUAGAAUUCGUCCAAAAUAGCGAUAGAUGUGUUACGUGCCAGAAUGGAAGGUGGCAUGGGAGUCCAGAAUGUGAAAUACCAGGAACCAUUGACUUUGACCCUGUCGAGCCAAUUUAUAAUGUUUCUGGUCCGGUCUCCCUUAGAUGUGUUGUACAUAAUUCAUCAGAGUGGCAAUCACUACUUCUAGCCAGGUCAGGUUUCCAAAGUACAUCCAUUGAGCCAUUGUUUGAAGUCACAAACAAGAAUGGUAAUAUUCAAGUCAAUAACUUCAGCAAAUCAAGUACUUUUACCGCGAGACCCGAGCGCUUGGACGAUGGUGUUGCAAUCGUUUUCGAGGUUGACAAAGUUCGUUGCAACGAUUCAGGCGUCUAUAUUUGUGGAAACAUCCUUGGGGAUUAUACAUCGCCUGUUAAAGUCAAAAGUACGAAUACAUCCGUGUAUAUAACAGAUACCAAAUCCAGUGUUCCCAAUAUAACCGUACCGGAAACGAUGUAUGAAAAUAUUGAAACGGCUAUAACAUGUACUGGUGAACUUGGUAAAAGUGAUAAUGACACGGCACUUGGUGGCUUGGUGAUACAGAUUAGAUAUAAGGAUGCCGCAUCUUUUACCACCCUGCCGUCGAUUAAAAAUUAUACACUUGUUGAAAAUUGUCGGAUAAAAGAAAGUAUCGUGUCAUUAGUGAUACCAGAUAUUGCCAUGCAAGAGGCAUUUUUACGAUGUGUUGUUCUCAUGCAUGAUGACAUAGAAAUAUCUUCACCAGAGGAACAACUAAAUAUCGUGUCACCAAUAGUCAGCAUAUCAACAUUAUCGUCCGCUUUUGAUAUCGGAGAAACUGCCGCCAUAUCAGUUACACUGGAUUUAAUUACUGGCUGGAAUUUGAUAGAGGUUCGCAGAAUGUGCAGAGAUGGUAGCGAAGUUAUUGCUGGAAUCGACAUAGAUACACCUGAUGAACAUUUCUUAGUUGGUGAACAUGUCCGUGUUAUGUCAAUACACAUACAAACUACCUCAGUUAGUUUUGACUUGACAUUUGAACCGGUGAACUGCAGCGACGCUUGUGGUAGUGUUGGCGAAGUAGAAUAUAUAGUUGCUGUGCGGAUAAAUAACGACACGUGGAUACAGAAUUCUACUGACAUCAUGUUCCAGAGACAGCCUGGGAUUCCAACACUGGAGAUCAUAUAUAAUGGUAUGAACGGAUAUGUUGCAAACUUCAAAUGCACUGGAGAAAUAGGAGCACCGAAAGGUUAUCUUGAAAUUGAAAGUAACUUUGAGGGCUCAAACUUUACAGUGUUUCUAUCACAGAAAGACAAUGAAUAUGACAAGAAUGAAAUUGGUUCAAUAACAAGUAUCACAGAAAACAAUGGAAAAUGUAGUACUAGGAGAGUCAUUGAAUUUCGAAUAAACACUGCGACGGCCAAAUAUCACAACAAACUUUUGAAAUGUAUAGCUAAACCGUCACAAGCUCUGAUGGAUGGUAAGGCAGCCGAGUCUUCUAAUCAAGUCAUAGAGGUUAUCCCAGAAAACUAUUGCACUCAAAACCAGGUCUAUACUGGAGUCCUUAGACACCCCUACCAUUGUAAUAUGUUUGUCCAGUGCCACAGCGGAGAUGUGUCGGGUGUGCCGGCAGGUUGUGCGCAAGGUCAUUGCUUUCAUGAGACGACGUGUUAUUCUUGUGAGGCGAUAGGCGGAUGUUCCGUGACAGACAUAUACAUUGACAACUUUGUUGAUCAAAUACAGAUAGGAGAUUCUGUAACUCUGAUCUGUAAAGUUAAAGACUUUGAUGGUUUGACCGAUAUCGUCAUUUACAAGGAUAACAGUACUAUAAUAUCGAGCUUCCUUAACGGAGAGACUAACAACGGAUUUAAAAGAGUAACGGAAUUAAGCUAUAUUACCGGAAACAGUGGUCAACUGAUGCUAGUUUUAGCAUCAACGCAAUGUGACAACGCCGGCACUUACCGCUGUGUUCCAGAUGGCGCUGGUAAACAUUCGGCAGAUGAAACUAGUUUAGUCUUAAAAGAUGCGAAUGGUAACACUAUUUGCUGAUUGGAUACUGAAGCACAUGUUUGAGUGAGAAAAAAAACUUGCAAUGAUAUAUAUUUACGUUUCUGAGUAAUGUUAACGUCUAUCUACUAUACAAUUAAAUCACAAAUAAUAUAUUUCUUACAUUUUUUGUUUUGGCAAUUUAAAAAAAGAUGGUUUCUUGAUUUGCUGAUCUAAGUUUCUUGGGCUCUUGGUCCAGUUAGGGGCAGGAGUUAGGAAGUAGUGAUUAAUUUUUAUAUGAAAGUCAACAUAUUACUUUAUUUACAUUUUGGUAUACCUUUCUUUUGU